ACAUUGAUUUUUUGAUUUUUUUAUUCUAAAAUGAUUGCGAAUAAACAAGAGCGAUCGUUUGAUUUAUAUGCGCACGCCAAUUUAUUACAUAAUAGUAACUGAUUUCUUAGUUAUUUAAUAUAUAGUUAUUAAUUUAUUAUUUCAUAAUAUGCAGAAAACAUAAAAUAAGUAAUAGAUAUAAAAUAUUUUUUCUGCACAAGGCACAGAUCUUAACUUAAGUAUGUAUCUCUUUAAUAAUUUCAAAUCUUAAUCAUUUUCAAAAUCUCAUGCCAAAAUAAAAUAAUGAAAUGAGAAUGAACUCAAAAACCAAUAUUUAUAUCGAGCAAUAACCAAAAUAAAAAACGACACAAAAAUGAGAAAAAUAAUGAAGACAUAGGAUUGACACGUGAACGUAAACUUUCAUAACAAUAAUUAACUUUUAAAUUGCUAAAUCAUGAUAUAAAACCGAGCUGACAUAGUUUCAUUGUAACCAAAUAGUAGGCCUGAGAUUCUUCGGCAUAAACGUUAGGUUCUUAUGCGAUAAGUGAUUUUUUUACCUAAAAUAUUUUUAAAAAUGAGAUCAGCUCAACAGUAAACAAAUUAUGUAAUUAACAAAAAGUUUUUAAAAAAUGGUUUAAGAGCAAAAAAUAUUAAUUAGAAUAUAAAUUUUAUUUUUUCAUACGAUAUUUCUUAAAUAAUUUUCAUAAAAAGUCACCAUGCGCAAUGGGCAGGUCUUAUCCUAGUAUAUAACUAUUUUUAGUCUAAUAUGUCAAAAUCGAUUAAAUGGGCUUGAUUUGUCAUCAAUUGAUACAUUAAUGAUUGAAAGAUUUUAUUACAUGAUUUAAUGAAUGAUUUUACAAGAAAAAUAUAUUUUAAUGCUUUAAAUGUAAUGUUUUAUAAAAUUUGAUAAAAUCUAUUGUUAUGAAAAUUUUAUUUUUAAUUAACUAUUUGGUAAUUUUGGAUAAAAUAUUAAGCGCAUAGUUUUAAAUGUAGCUUAAGAAAAUAUAAAAUGUUAGAAAAGCACAUAACUCAAGUCAAGUAAAAUGAUUUCAAUUUUUUGGUGUUAAUGAUCUAAGUUUUCUAUAUUAUAAUUAUAUGUAUAUGUGACAUAAGCUGGUUCCUAGAAAAAAGAAAAGAAAUAAACGCAAAGUAUGAUAAGAAAAUAACUAGACUCCAAUAAUAAUGUGUAGAGCAUCUUUUAAAACACGAUAAGAAUAGUUUUUUUUAGUUGAUUACACUAAGGGACACUUUUUAAUUUUCUAUUACAUUUAGAGACACUUCUUACAUGUGACAUAUUUUGGUGUGCGCCAGCGACAGACUGUGGACAAUUUUAUCCUAGAUUAGAACAAUAAAACAAUGAAGAAUACGUUGUUGGACAGUUUCAUAGGUGCUUAAGUCCUCCUAGAGGUCUUAUACACGCAGUAUUGAAUAGGUUAUGGGGUAGGGAAUGUAGGAUCACUUGCAAGAAGUUAGGAGAUUCAUCGUUUUUUUUAUAUCCCUCAUGAAAAUACUCGUAAAUGGGUUAUUCAAUGGGGCGUGUGACAUGUUGAUGAUUGUCUACUCUUUGUGGCACCUUGGACUUCUGACAACUCUUUAAAGUACCAGAGAUCUCUACCUUACGAGUAUGGGUAAAUCUUAAAAAUAUUUCAGACUCUUGUUUCUCUAGGCUAAGCAUCAGGCACAUAGCAUCAGGUUUAAGAGAGCCGAUGCUUACACACAAACUUUUUUUAGAUCCAACAAAUAUGGGGGAAGCAAGAAUAUUAGUUGAAGUGGAGCUGGAUAAACUGUUCCCAAAGUUUGAUAUCCAUUUUUUACUUCAAAUUGACACGGAUAACGAUAAAAUCCAUCCCUAGUUGUAUCUUCUCGAAAAGAAAAGUUAAUAUAUAGAGUUUGAAUGUGAGGCAGAACUAUUGCAGGAAAAAUGCAGGAUAAGUUGGAAUGUAGAGGGGAAUGCAAAUAGGCUUUGAAUGUAGUGCAGAUCCAAAUAAUACAGAUAAAAAAUAAAAAACUAACCAAACAUGAUAAAUACAGAUUAGUAGUUUGCAGAUUAAAUGCAUAUCAAUUGUCCAGCCGUUUUUUCUUCUUAUUUACAGAUCAAAUAAUUUAUGACUAACAUUGAUUUGGAUGCAGUUUACUUAUUAUUUUAAUAUAUAUUUUUGUUUUGCAUAUUGUAAGGUGAAUGGCAAAAAAAAUGCAGUACAAUCUGCAUCAUAAAAAACUGCAUUUUGGUAUGCAUUUGUCAUGUGUCUCAUUCAAACGCAUAGUAUCCAUUCAACCAUGAAAAUGCAGAACCAAAGAUAAAUAAUAAAAAAAUAUAAACUGUAUGCAUGACCUUUUUCUGUGUAAUUUGGUUUGUCCCGCAGGUAAGAGGGGGGCCAAAUGCAUGGGCUUCUUUUUUCUUUCUAAUAAUACAGUUUCGUCUAUAAAUUAAAAACUUUUUUCAUUUUUUAUUUACAUUCACAAGUUAAAAAUCUGCCUAAGAAGUAAGUUUUUGUAGUUUUCCCGUUUUUAUAUAUAUUAAUUAUCCCAAAUAUGUUUUUUUCUAUAAUGUUGAAAUGACAUUUUUAUCUUGUGAUUAAUUGUUUCUAUAUAUUUUUCAGGUUUCUCAUAUAUCAACGUGCAUUAAAAAUAUGAAAUCAGGGUAAUUUUUUCUCUUUGAUGAAUUAUGAAAAUUUUAUUAUCUUUAAAACACUAAAAUUUAUAUUCAAUAAUACUAGUAGAAAAAUUACCAAUUCUCUACAAAUAUAGUAUUACACAUACAUGCUUUUAUGUUCUAAUUAAUUAAUUUUCAUUUUAUGUAAAUUAUUUUACUAAAUCCAUGCCUGUAAUUAACAAUCAUCUAAUAUUUACAUAUAUUAGUACAUUAAAAUAUUUUUUAUAACCAAUUAAUAUUUUUUAAACAGUGAAAUAAUAAUAUAUAUUUUCAUUCUUUUAUAUAUUAAAAUAUCUGCAGUUUUUUUUUAUCUUGUGUAUAGUUAGUUCUAUAUUUUAAAGUUGUUUUACAUAUCUAUAUUCAUUAAAAACAAUUAAAAAAUUAAUGUAGUUUUUUAACUAAUGUUAUUGUAACAUUCUGAGUUGUGAUAUAUGAAAACACUUAAGAGAAUUGAUUUAGCUAUCUACAUCACCAAAGGUGACUUGCUUUUUCCAUCAGAGUUCUGUUUAGAACUCCAGAGUUAAGCGUGCUUGAGGUGGAGUAAUGGAAGGACGGGUGACUUAUCGAGAAGUGAUUCGCGAUGCCGUAUGAAUGAGGCCAAAGCACGGAGAAAAGUCAUGUGGUGAUUGCAAGGUCAGUAAACAUGACUUUCGGACCUUGGAAAAAUUAACACACUCGUUGGAACGGGAUGGAGCCUAUAGGCCGAGAGUGCGGGUGUGGGUGGUCCAUUAGUCGUGGGCGGUCGGAGCGUUACAAGUGGUAUCAGACCUGGUUAGCCAUCUCGGUUUUGAUUCGAGAAGCAUCUUUAGACCUGGCGUAGGGCACAACGAGGACGUUGCAUUAUUUGAGAGAUAGUAAAUUGUAACAUCCCGAGUUGCGAUAAAUGGAAAGACUUAAGAGAAUUGAUUUGGCUACUUAUGUUACCAAAAUUGACUUACCUUAUAUGUCACACAUCCAUUUAGAAUUCUAUAGUUAAGUGUGUUUGAAUUGGAGUAGUAGAAGGAUGAGUAACAUAUUGGGUUGAUUUAAAGCACAGAAAAAAUCAUGUGAUGACUGCCGGGUCGGUUAGUAAACAUAAUUUUUAACCUUUGGAAAAAUUAACACACUAAUUGACUGUUAGAAUAGAAUGGGGUUCAUGAACGAGGAACAGACGUGGAUGGUCCGUAGACAGGCAGCGCGUUCUUUCAUUUUCGUCUUUCACGGAUUCAAAAAUCUGCAGUAUUAAAAAAAAGAAGUAAUUGCGUGACAAGAGCAACACGUGACACGUAGAUCUGGCCAAUGUGAUCCAUGACGGAAGCUUAACAUUUGACCGCUUCGCACAUAGUAAAUCAUUGAAUUUUCCCAUUUUUACACAAACAUUUAACAUUUAACAUUUAACAUUUAACAUUGAACAUUACUUCUUCUUCUUCACCUACAGAAAGUUUUUAACAGAAACACCAAAGAAAAAAGUUAGAAUCAGAAAAAAAAAAAUUUAUUCAUAAUAACAAUAACAACAACAACAAAUCCCAUUUUUACCUUUAUCAUCUAUUUUUAUUUCCAUCUUUUGGUUUCUUGAGUUUCUACUUGUAUUCUCUCAACCUCAGCACUCUCUCUCUCUCUCUCUACCCUGAGAGACACCAAAAAAAAACUCGCAAACUUUUUUCUUGAGCUUUUCCUCGUAUGGUAUCUAAAUCUUAUUUCCAUUAAAACAAUUUAUUACAGGGAGAAAACCAAAACCCACUUUUCGACCUUCUGUCUUUCUUUUUCAAGAAAAAGAUUGAAUGAAAGGAAACCAAAAAGACUCGUCGGGUGUAUCCAUGAUCCGACCGGGUGGAAAACUAAUGAUCUGGCUCAUCCUCUUCAUCUCCGUCACUUACAUCAUCUACACUCUCAAAAUCGUCUCCACUUCACGCCCUUGCCAAUAUCUUACCUUCUCCGAGACCAUUCUCCAACAAAGGCCACAGAAAAAGGCGACUACGACUGCGUCUGCGGCUGAGGCGGUUGCAGGGGAGCACGAAGCGACGGAUCUAAACCACGUGGUGUUCGGUAUCGCCGCGUCGUCGAAGCUGUGGAAAAAGAGGAAAGAGUAUAUCAAGAUUUGGUACAAACCCAAGAAGAUGAGAGGCUACGUGUGGUUAGACAAGGAGGUAACCGACGCCGGAGAUCAAGAAAACCUCCCGCCGAUUAGAAUCUCCGGCGACACGUCGUCGUUUCCUUACGCCAACAAGAAAGGAAGCAGAUCGGCGAUACGACUCUCGAGGAUCAUCUCCGAGACGCUGAAGCACCUUGAUUCUGAUUCGAGGAAGAGCGUGAGGUGGUUCGUGAUGGGCGAUGACGACACUGUCUUCGUCACCGAUAAUCUGAUUAGGGUUCUGAGGAAGUACGACCACGGGCAGAUGUAUUACAUUGGGAGCUUGUCGGAAUCUCAUUUGCAGAACAUUUUCUUUUCUUAUGGAAUGGCUUACGGUGGAGGAGGUUUCGCUAUUAGCUAUCCGUUGGCUGUGGCUUUGAGCAAGAUUCAGGAUCGGUGUAUACAGAGGUAUCCGGCUUUGUACGGUUCCGAUGAUCGUAUACAAGCUUGUAUGGCUGAGCUUGGAGUUCCAUUGACCAAGGAGCAAGGUUUUCAUCAAUACGACGUUCAUGGGAACUUAUUCGGCCUCCUCGCUGCCCACCCAGUAACACCAUUCGUAUCAAUGCACCAUCUCGACGUGGUGGAACCCAUCUUCCCAAACAUGACCCGCGUUCGCUCCAUCAAGAAACUAACCACACCGAUGAAGCUCGACUCGGCCGGAGUACUCCAGCAAUCAAUAUGCUACGACAAGUACAAGAGCUGGACGGUUUCAGUGUCAUGGGGAUACGCGGUCCAGGUGUUUCGCGGAUCGUUCUCUCCGCGAGAAAUGGAAAUGCCUUCUAGAACUUUCUUGAAUUGGUACAAAAAAGCAGAUUACACCGCCUAUGCAUUCAAUACAAGGCCAGUGAGUCGCAAUCCAUGCCAAAAGCCGUUCGUUUUCUACAUGUCGGGUGCGAAAUUUGACAAGCAAUUGAACACUACGGUUAGUGAAUACACGAGGCAUAGGGUUCCGCAUCCGGCUUGUCGGUGGGAGAUGACUAACCCGGGGGAGAUCAACACUAUAGUAGUCUACAAAAAACCGGACCCUCACCUAUGGGACAGGUCACCGAGAAGGAAUUGUUGCAGGGUAUUACAAACAAAGAGGAACAAUACAUUAUGGAUCAAUGUUGGUGUAUGUAGAGCAGGUGAAGUUACUGAAGUCAAGUAGAUUCCAGUUUUUUAAUAAGAUGAAAUUUGGAAGAGAAACAAUCAGAGGCUUUUAGUUAGGCUUUCCACUCUUAUAGUUUUGCUUUUAUGAGAGAGACCAAUUUCUUGUUUUUACAUCUUUCUUUAGCCAUGACAAAAGAAUUGUUGCAAGUGAUUUAGAUAUAGCAACAAUUGAUUUAGAUAUAGUAAUAUGAUUUACCCAGCAGUUAUAUGAAGGAUUAUAUAUAAUAUGAUUUAGAUUCAA